AUGGCUACAUGGUGGAACUCUGAUACUUUGUUGCGGUUGGAUCGGGCUGUUUGUACUCCUUCAUGGGUUGAUAUUUUUAACCAUGCUAGGGUACUGCAUCUGGCGCCGUCUGACUCUGAUCAUGUUCCGCACCCAGAGUGUGACGGUGUGGUGAAGGAAGCAUGGGGAACAGAUGUUUCGGGCACUCCUAUGUUCUGUGUAACGAAGAAAGUUAUGCAUACUAGGAUUCAUUUGAACAAAUGGCAAGAGGAGGUGUUCAAGGGCCGACAAUUACAGAUGUUGGGCAUUCGUGCUAGGUUGGAAGAGUUACUGAGUGUUUUCCCAUCAAUGAGUGUACAAAAUGAGAAGAAAGAGCUGACUGAUAAGCUCCAGAGCUUGUUGUGCCAGGAGGAAUUGUUUUGGAAGCAACGGUAA